AUGCGCCUGUUCGCCCACGGCUGCGCGUUCGUUCGCGGCUGCGCCUCGUUGCCCGCGGGUGUCCGUACGUCGGCGGAAAUCGCCGCGGUGGUCGCGUCCGCCCUCGUCGGCGGGAUCCGCCGCGGUGGUCGCGUCCGCCCUCGUCGGCGGGAUCCGCCGCGGUGGUCGCGUCCGCCCUCGUCGGCGGGAUCCGCCGCGGUGGUCGCGUCCGCCCUCGUCGGCGGGAUCCGCCGCGGUGGUCGCGUCCGCCCUCGUCGGCGGGAUCCGCCGCGGUGGUCGCGUCCGCCCUCGUCGGCGGGAUCCGCCGCGGUGGUCGCGUCCGCCCUCGUCGGCGGGAUCCGCCGCGGUGGUCGCGUCCGCCCUCGUCGGCGGGAUCCGCCGCGGUGGUCGCGUCCGCCCUCGUCGGCGGGAUCCGCCGCGGUGGUCGCGUCCGCCCUCGUCGGCGGGAUCCGCCGCGGUGGUCGCGUCCGCCCUCGUCGGCGGGAUCCGCCGCGGUGGUCGCGUCCGCCCUCGUCGGCGGGAUCCGCCGCGGUGGUCGCGUCCGCCCUCGUCGGCGGGAUCCGCCGCGGUGGUCGCGUCCGCCCUCGUCGGCGGGAUCCGCCGCGGUGGUCGCGUCCGCCCUCGUCGGCGGGAUCCGCCGUGGUGAGGGAGGGGAGGGGAGGGGGGAGGGAACGGGCUGCCAAUCGUAACUUGUGCGGGGGAGGCACGGGAGAGCGCCUAGACGGCGGCACUAUCUUCUCCUGCUCCAUUCCGCACUUCUUCUCCCGCCUCACUGCUUUGACACGCCUCCCCAAUCCAUCCUACUCCACCCCACUCUACACCACACCACUCUACACCACACCACUCCACACCACUUCAUUCCUCUCCACUCCACCCCUCUCCACCACUCCCCUCUCCGCAGGGACCUUGGCUGGCAAUUUCACCCUUCUCCACCUCCUCCCACCCCACCUUUCGCCCCUUGUCUCCCUAUUUCUCCCUGAUUCCCUCCUUCAUCCCCUCUCAUCCGCCUCUUGCAUUCCCCCUGACCCCCCCGCCCCCUUCAUCCCAUCCCCUCUGAUCCGCCCCUCGCAUUCCCCAUCCAUUCCCCCUCCAUCCCCUCUCAUCCACCUCUUGCAUUCCCCAUCCAUCCCCCCAUCCAUCCCCCCCCAUCCAUCAUCCCCUCUAAUCCACCUCCUGCAUUCCCCAUCCAUCCCCCCAUCCAUCCCCCCCCAUCCAUCAUCCCCUCUAAUUCACCUCCUGCAUUCCCCAUCCAUUCCCCCUUCAUCCACCAUUCAUCCCCCUCUUGCAUUCCCCAUCCAUCCCCCCAUCCAUCCCCCCCCCAUCCAUCAUCCCUUCAAAGCCACCUCCUGCAUUCCCCAUUUAUUCCCCAUUCAUCCCCUCUCAUCUGCCCCUAGCAUUCCCGAUCCAUCACCCAUUCAUCCCCCAAUCAUCCCCCAUCCAUCACCCAUCCAUUCCCCAUUCAUCCCCCAUUCAUCACCCAUCCAUUCCCCAUUCAUCCCCCAUUCAUCACCCAUCCAUUCCCCAUUCAUCCCCCAUUCAUCACCCAUCCAUUCCCCAUUCAUCCCCCAUUCAUCACCCAUCCAUUCCCCAUUCAUCCCCCAUUCAUCACCCAUCCAUUCCCCAUUCAUCCCCCAUUCAUCACCCAUCCAUUCCCCAUUCAUCCCCCAUUCAUCACCCAUCCAUUCCCCAUUCAUCCCCCAUUCAUCACCCAUCCAUUCCCCAUUCAUCCCCCAUUCAUCACCCAUCCAUUCCCCAUUCAUCCCCCAUUCAUCACCCAUCCAUUCCUUAUUCAUCCCCUCUGACCCCUUUCCUACAGCAUUCUUCCCGGCACCAAUCUCACCGGCUCGCUCCAUUCUUCCCGGCACCAAUCUCACCGGCUCGCUCGCCCCGCUCCUUGGCUUGAAGCUCUCUGCUGCUGCUGCUGCUGCUGCUGCUGAUGAUGAUGAUGAUGAUGAUGAUGAUGAUGAUGAUGAUGAUGAUGAUGAUGAUGAUGAUGAUGAUGAUGAUGAUGAUGAUGAUGAUGAUGAUGAUGAUGAUGAUGAUGAUGAUGAUGAUGAUGAUGGCGAUGCCUCAUGCGUUGAGGUCAACCGCCUCACAGGCAGUCUGCCCCAGGCCAUCGGGGGGCUCUCUAGCCUGCAAGGCCUGGUGUCUGCCCUCCACCAUGGGCAUCGCUUUUCGUCUGUUACCUUUGAACCACCCACCCUCUCGAACCGCCCUUUGCUCCCUCUCUCCCCCUGUGUUCCCCCCCAUGCUGCCCUCCUCUAUCCGCCCACCGCAGUGACCUCUCACACAACAGCAUCUCAGGGUCUCUGCCCUCUUCCAUGGGCAAUCUCAAGCUUCUCCGCUCCAUGCGAGUUGACAACAACAGCAUCACUGGAUCCAUCCCUCUCUCCUUCUCCUCCCUCACUGCACUCUCCUUCCUGUAAGUCCCUCACCACACUCUCCUCUCUGUCAGUCAUUCCAAAUGCUCCUUCUCUCAAUCCCUUGACAAUCUCCUUCCUCUCACUCCCUCUCCUUCCUCUCACUCCCUCUCCUUCCUCUCACUCCCACUGCUUCCUCUCACUCCCUCUCCUUCCUCUCACUCCCUCUCCUUCCUCUCUCUCCCUUUCCCUUGUCUCACUCCCUCUCCUCCCUCUCACUCCUCCUUCCUCGCACUCCCUCUCCUCCCUCUCGCUCCCUCUCCACUACCCAUACCUCAUUACGCUCUCCGCUUCGAGAAGCUGGUUGCACCACCAUGUGCCUUUGCUGCGACGCACGCUCAAGCGGUCUUACCUGCUCUUCAUAACUCCUUCCAUUGCGCCCUCAUUCCUCGCCUCCUUGCCACGCCUGCAACUCAUGUGA